GCCUCCAGCCACGGCAGUGAGGAGACUACCUCUACAUCAGGAGAACCUGAGCAACACCAGGCGAAUCAUCAGACAGAAAAAUCGUCUCACCGGGAGACUCAUCAGACAGAAAAAUCGUCUCACCGGGAGACUCAUCAGACAGACAAAUCGUCUCACCGGGAGACUCAUCAGACAGACAAAUCGUCUCACCGGGAGACUCAUCAGACAGAAAUAUCGUCUCACCGGGAGACUCAUCAGACAGCCACGUCGUCUCACCGGGAGACUCAUCAGACAGCCACGCCGUCUCACCGGGAGACUCAUCAGACAGCCACGCCGUCUCACCGGGAGACUCAUCAGACAGCCACGCCGUCUCACCGGGAGACUCAUCAGACAGCCACGCCGUCUCACCGGGAGACUCAUCAGACAGCCACGCCGUCUCACCGGGAGACUCAUCAGACAGCCACGUAGUCUCACCGGGAGACUCAUCAGACAGCCACGCCGUCUCACCGGGAGACUCAUCAGACAGCCACGCCGUCUCACCGGGAGACUCAUCAGACAGCCACGCCGUCUCACCGGGAGACUCAUCAGACAGCCAAGCCGUCUCACCACUGCUGCUGUGCCUGUGGACAGGAGUUCCCUGGUGCCUAUGACCUCAUGCUACACCAGAGGACUCACUAUAUAAGGAACAGGGUACCAUGUGGGACACAUACCAUGACUGCACACCUGCAAACAUCCGCUGUAAAGAGAGAGCGUGGUCACACUGAGGAGGAGGAAGGAGAGGAAGUUGGUGGAUUUAUUAAACGUGAAGAAGCAGCCACUUGGGAUCCUCCUCAACUCGGAAUGAGUCCUGUCUCCAGCCACGGCAGUGAGGAGACUACCUCUACAUCAGGAGAACCUGAGCAACACCAGGAGAACCACGAUGCAGCCACGACGUCUCACCGCUGCUUUGGCUGUGGACAGGAGUUCCCUGCUGCCUACGACCUCGUGUUACACCAGAGGACACACAUAGAGAGAGGCUUCUACAAGUCUGUCUGUGGAGAGCUGUUCUACCAGAAAGAGUUACUCAAAACACAUCAUCAGAAAGUUGACACAGGAAUACCUGGACAACACCGGACGAAUCCCAAAGCUAAGAAGUCUCACGACUGUGUAGUGUGUGGAAAACAACUAUGGGAAGCAAUGAAGCUGAAGAGGCACAUGAGGACACACACAGGAGAGAAACCUCACGGCUGCUCUGUGUGCGGCAGAGGAUUCACGCAGAAAGGAAAUCUGAAAACACACAUGAAAACACACAGAGGGCUGAACCCCAAAUUGUGGUCCGCUGGAGAGGACAGUCCCUCGACAUCAGGAGAACCUGAACAACACCAGAAGAACCACACAACGAAGACAUUUCAGAAUUGCAUAGAAUGUGGGGAGAUGUGCCAAACUCUACCAGCACUAAAAAAACACAUGAAAACUCACACCAGUAAGAAGCCGUCUUACCAAUGCUCCCUUUGCGGGGCGGAAUUCACUGAGAAAGGGCAAAUCCAAGACCACCAGUUACAGCAUCUUGGAGAGAAGCCGUACUUCCCUGACUGUGGGAAAUGUUUCGUCAAUGAAAGCUACAUUAAAAUUCACCAGCGAAUGCACACUGGAGAGAGACCCUACAGCUGCCUUGUGUGUGGAAAUAGUUUCGUGAAAAAAGCAUACUUAAAAAGUCAUGUGCUGACACACACUGGAGAGAAGCCGUACCUUUGCUCCAUCUGUGGGAAGACAUACAGUCGAGAAGGAACUUUCAAAAUCCACCAGAGAGUUCACACCGGAGAGAAACCGUACCUGUGCACUGAAUGUGGGAAGCGUUUCAGCUGUAGAGCGAACCUUUAUUCACACAACAAGAGACACGCUGGCAAACCCAUAGGACCUAAACGUCAGUUAGGCAGACCGAAGCAACUGCCAAACUGACAAUGGGACAGGACAAAUGAACUUGUGUCGCGUCUCUCCUGAUCACCAACAAAAUAGUUAUGUUCCAUCUUGAUUAUGCAUUUCUCAUAAACGGACAUAAAACAAUACAAUAUGAAGCAUCUGUGGAUGUCUGAAAGACUGAAGAUUUGUAAGCACCUGGACCUAAACGGCAGUUAGACAGACCCAAGAAACUGCCAUAGGGGAAACAGUGCUGGUUAAAUUAACUUACGCAGUGACUUCAUUUUGUCUAAGACAUCACAGCAGAGUUGAAAAAUAUAUGGCCCGUGGAAAUCGAGAGAGUGGUGGUCCACAGAGAGAGGUGGUCUACAGAGAGAGGUGGUCUACAGAGAGAGGUGGUCCACAGAGAGAGGUGGUCUACAGAGAGAGGUGGUCUACAGAGAGAGGUGGUCUACAGAGAGAGGUGGUCUACAGAGAGAGAGGUGGUCUACAGAGAGAGAGGUGGUCUACAGAGAGAGGUGGUCUACAGAGAGAGGUGGUCUACAGAGAGAGGUGGUCUAUAGAGAGAGGUGGUCCACAGAGAGGUGGUCUACAGAGAGAGGUGGGAUUUAAAAAAUUAUCUGUAAUCGUUAGGAAACACCACAUAUAUCAUGUAUACAGGAGGGGGCUUAGAGUGGUGUUGUGGAGAGGAGUGGCUAACCAGCGUCAACAAAACCCGGAGCAAUCUCGAUGCCAGGGGACAGUGAGGUGCGUUGCUGAGGCUGCGGAUCCGAAACCACGAAUGCUUCCUCCGCUCUCAAUACCAUCUGUUCUGUCUCAACUCUCAGACCACCUUCCAUCUGCCACCUCCCAUCCGUCAGCCUCCAUCCGUCAGCUCCCAUCCAUCAGCCUCCAUCCAUCAGCUCCCAUCCAUCAGCCUCCAUCCAUCAGCUCCCAUCCAUCAGCCUCCAUCCGUCAGCUCCCAUCCGUCAGCUCCCAUCCAUCAGCCUCCAUCCAUCAGCUCCCAUCCAUCAGCUCCCAUCCAUGAGCUCCCAUCCAUCAGCUCCCAUCAGUCAGCCUCCAUCCGUCAGCUCCCAUCCAUCAGCUCCCAUCCAUCAGCCUCCAUCCAUCAGCCUCCAUCCAUCAGCUCCCAUCCGUCAGCCUCCAUCCGUCAGCUCCCAUCCGUCAGCCUCCAUCCGUCAGCUCCCAUCCGUCAGCUCCCAUCCGUCAGCCUCCAUCCAUCAGCCUCCAUCCAUCAGCUCCCAUCCGUCAGCCUCCAUCCAUCAGCUCCCAUCCAUCAGCCUCCAUCCAUCAGCUCCCAUCCGUCAGCUCCCAUCCGUCAGCCUCCAUCCGUCAGCUCCCGUCAGUCAGCCUCCAUCCGUCAGCCUCCAUCCGUCAGCCCCCAUCCAUCAGCCUCCAUCCGUCAGCCCCCAUCCAUCAGCCUCCAUCCGUCAGCCCCCAUCCAUCAGCCUCCAUCCGUGCAGAUUUGUAUGUUUUUUGUAUGUAAACUUGUAUGUGCUGAUAUUGAGUUUUUACCUGCCGAGUUUUAUUGGUAUGUAACUGAGGAGGAGCUCCACCUACAUGUAGUAAUAACAGAGUGGUGAGGAGGAGCUCCAUCUACAUGUAGUAAUAACAGAGUGGUGAGGAGGAGCUCCACCUACAUGUAGUAAUAACAGAGUGGUGAGGAGGAGCUCCACCUACAUGUAGUAAUAACAGAGUGGUGAGGAGGAGCUCCACCUACAUGUAGUAAUAACAGAGUGGUGAGGAGGAGCUCCAUCUACAUGUAGUAAUAACAGAGUGGUGAGGAGGAGCUCCACCUACAUGUAGUAAUAACAGAGUGGUGAGGAGGAGCUCCACCUACAUGUAGUAAUAACAGAGUGGUGAGGAGGAGCUCCACCUACAUGUAGUAAUAACAGAGUGGUGAGGAGGAGCUCCACCUACAUGUAGUAAUAACAGAGUGGU